AUGAAACUUUUUGAGUUGGCUUUGCCUCCCUGGUAUUCCAACGCGGUUGUUCGUUAUAUUACGUUCGGCGUCCUCAUCGGGUUUACUUUGUCCGUAACGUCGACAUCCCUAUCAUCAUAUUGGCGUUCUCGACGACGUCAAAGCCUUUCACAGGAGCAACACGAGUUUCGGCCAAUUGUGUUGAGAAGCGAUGAAGUUGUACAUGGUGUCACUGGGUUGAUAGGAAAUACGCCUUUGGUGAGGAUCGACUCAUUGAGUGAUGCUUUGGGAGUCGAGAUUCUUGGAAAGGCAGAGUUUCUGAAUCCUGGAGGGAGUGUCAAGGACCGAGUUGCUCUGCGCAUAAUCGAGGACGCGGAGCGGCAAGGUUUGCUGCACCCUCACACUGGAUCCCGUAUCUUUGAAGGCACUGUUGGAUCUACUGGCAUUUCAAUAGCGACGAUAGCCAAGGCAAGGCAACUGUUGAACCCUAUCUCAUGUUUCUUAGCGAUUAUCAUGCCGGAUGAUGUUGCCCAGGAGAAGCGUGUUCGUCCUGCGAGCAUCGUCGACAAAAAACAGAAUAUCGCCAGGCGAGCAGCCAUCGAAUUCGGACGUUCGGAUAUAAUGAGAGGCUUGGAGGACGCUCAUGCCAACCACGAGCUCCAUACAGGUUCUGCAUCUGUAGUUGUCACGACUACGUCGUCGCACGUUAAUGCAGAAGGCACCAUUGACGACCCGCUGGAUGAAGAUCUGCUAAGCAAGCCAAGGGGCUUCUUUGCCGACCAAUUCGAGAAUCGCAGUAAUUUUGAAGCCCAUUACAACGGGACUGGUCCGGAAAUCUGGCGUCAAACUAAUAGUCAUAUCGAUGCAUUCGUAUCUGGAGCAGGGACGGGCGGAACGAUCGCAGGCAUUGGUCAAUUUUUUAAAUCGAUGAAUGAGGAGGUGCAAGUCGUCCUAGCAGACCCAGAAGGCAGCGGUCUCUACAACAAGGUCAAGCACGGCGUAAUGUACGACCGCAAAGAAGCUGAAGGAACAAAACGAAGGCAUCAAGUUGACACAGUAGUCGAGGGAAUAGGAAUCAACCGGAUGACAAAUAACAUCGACCUUGCGAUCCCGAUCAUAGAUGACGCGUUCCGGAUAACUGACGUGGAAGCGGUUGCCAUGUCCCGAUACCUCGUUCAAAACGAUGGUCUAUUUCUGGGCUCCAGCAGCGCCUGCAAUCUGGUGGCAUGCAUCAAAUUCGUAAAGAAAAGGGGAUGGCGGGACGGUGAAACGCUUGUCACGAUCUUAUGUGACUCUGGCAACAGACAUUACUCAAAGGUAACUAAUAUCCCGGUCGACCGCAGUAUAAUCGACAAUCUAAUCGCCCAACCUGGUUCUGGAGUUUAA